AUGGGUGCCGAAGAAGCUCCCGCUCUCCCUGACUACUUCCUCUCCCCGGACGCUGUCCUUAAGGACGAGGCCACCUGGCGGUUUGGGCGGCGUCCAGACUACACCAAGAAUCGGAAAGCAUGGAAAGAAACCAAGACCAUGAACCACACUGCCGGCAGCCUGGAAGAGCUCGUCGAGAACAUGGUUAAGAAUUGGGAAAUCGAGGCAUCCUAUAAGCCCAACCCUAAGGAAUGGCGCACCAUCAACGCCGAAAAGUACCAGUUCCGUCUCAACGGCGGCCCUCCUCAGCCUGCAGAGGCCAUGGCCAGGAUCGGGACCUACAACGCCCUGAUUGAGCCGAACAAGUACUACAGCCCGGAGCACAACGACUUCUCUGCCAGCCACAAGACGUUCAAGCGCAUGAUGCCCUUUUUCGCGUGGGAGGUCUUGGAUGUGUAUGGCGGGCCGCCGAAGCUGGCUAUUCGGUGGCGUCACUGGGGGACUUUCCAGGGGGACUACACGGCCAAGAAUGAGCAGGGGGAGAAGGUGACGGUGAAGUCGACGGGCAAGGUGAUUGAUAUCAAGGGGAUGGCAGUCGCGGAACUGGACGAUCAGAUGCGUGUGAUCAUGCUUGAUAUUUACUUUGAUCCGAUGGAUAUGUUCCGUCAAAUGGACGACGGAAACGCCUCGGAGAGUGAGCAUGCCGCCACUCAGGCUACGUGCCCCUUUCUGGGCCAGGGGAAGGUUGAGAAGCCGGAGGGACAUCCUUGA